AUGCCGAUCAAGUUCAAUCCCCACGACCAUUGCAAGGUUCCAAAGAUCGUCAGAGGCUGCGGCACCAGAUCCUUGUCCGAAAUGAGAAGAGCUGCUGAAGCCUCACGUCUCCAACUGAAGGUCCUUCCAAGGUCUUCCAAGGUCCAAACGCUUCUCAGGACCUCCAGGGUGGUGGCCCUGGGGCGGCAGAAGCAAUGGGAGAAAGCCUUAGAAGUUGUUAGUGGCGGUGGCUUUGCUCCUGACGUGAAGCUGUUGACAGCGCUCUGCGGUGCAUUGGAACGGGCUAGCGCAUGGCAGCAGGUCCUCCAGCUCCAUGGCGAGUGGUCGCAGCACGUCACGCUGGACGAGCGCUUCCUGGGUCUGGCCACCUCGGCCUGCGCUAAGGGCCGCCAGUGGCAGAGGGCGCUGCAGCUGGCCAUGGAAACAGGUUUCGAGAGGCUAGAGACAGCAAAUGCAGUUCUGAGUUCAUUGGAUCAUUGCGGCCAGUGGCAACUGGCUCUUGAACUCCUGUAUCACGUGAUGCUAGCAGCUGACGUGGUGAGUUAUAGCAGCGUGGUGAGUGCCAUGGCACGCGCAGCGCGGUGGCCAGAAGCCAUUGCUGUGCUGCAGCACAUGGAGGGUGCGGAUGAGGUGACUUUUGGAGCUGCGAUCAGCGCCUGUGACAGGGGCCAUCAGUGGGAAAGGGCUUGUGCCUUGCUUCACGACAUGCCUCAGCAUGUCAGCUUGGUUGCGAUGAACUCAGCCCUGAGUGCCUGUGGUCGGGGACACCAGUGGGAAAUGGCCUGUCAACUGAUUCAAGACAUGGAGCACCGCAGCUUUCAGCCAGAUGUGGUGUCCUAUACCACCACUGUGACCUCCUGCAACCGCAGCAGGCAGUGGCUGAAGGCCUUGGAACUGUACCACUUGCUUCGAAAUGGCCAGAGCUCUGUCAAUCUGGUACUCUACAGCGCAGCAUUGAAGGCAUGUCAACUGGGCACACACUGGCAGCAGGCGAUGUUGCUCUUCCAGGAGAUGCAAGAUGUCGGACAAUGGCCAGAUAUCGCUGCCUUCAACCCAUGCUUAGGCGCGUUGGUUGAGUCCAAGAAAUGGGAAGAAGCAUUGGCACUGGUGGCUGGCACGAUGACAUCGCUGACAACGCUGACAUGUGCUGGUCCACGAGUUGCACUCCAGUGCGAGCCGACCGCUGCGCGCGUUGCACGUGGCGAUGAAGCGGGGCGCUGGGUUGAAGAUGCUAAGGAGAAGAAGAUGGUGCUUCCUGUCGUGCUCCUGCUUUGCUGCGGACUUUUUUCUGAGGCUUUCGUGCCACCGGGCCUUACCAGCAAGACUCAAAGCCCUCGCGAAGGUGAGGCGACGGUAGCUCGUCCAUCGCAUGCCGGCUCGGACCUGCUGGUGCGGGAGGAGAUUGCCAUUGACAGGACGAUCUCCGAAAGCUCCAAAGCACCAUCCGAAAGUCCGGAAGAUGCGCAGAAGUGGAUGCUCUUAGUGUUGGGACUCUUCCUUUCCUAUGCCCUGUGUGAUUUGGACAAGGUGAACCUGUCAGUGGCGGUGCUUCCCAUCCAGGAUCGUUUUGGUUUAUCCGAGGCAGAUGUGGGCUUUGCAUCCAGCAGUUUCUUUUGGGGCUACAUGCUGACUCAGCUUCCCGGAGCCAUGCUGAUCCAGAACGUGCCUGGUGGUGCCUUCACUGUCUUGGCUGUGGGCGUCGCCAUUCAGUCCCUGGGAACCAUGGGCACCGCAUGUUUGCAAUACCUCAGCGAUUCGCAGGCAGCGCUUUGGUUGCUUUGCCUGAGUCGGGCUCUAGUUGGCCUGGGCGAAGGUCUGGGCGUUCCAGCUGUUGGGGCAUCCUUAGGCACCCUGCCUGAUUCUCGCCGAUCCUCUGGGACAAGCACUGUCUAUGCAGGUUCCACAGCAGGUGUCGGUUUGGGCUUGUUGCUUUGCCCUUUCCUGAUCGAUCAAUUUGGUUGGCCCUUCAUCUUUUGGGCUUUUGCAGCCGCAGGAGUUUUGUGGACUGGAUGGUGGAUGUCCCUGGCUCCAACACUGGGCUACAAGAAGUCCGAAAGCACCGAAGGAAGUGUUCCCUGGGAAGAGAUCUUGCAAAACCCGGCUGUUUGGUCAGUGGUGGCUUGUCACGCCAUGAGUAACAUUGCUUUCUAUGCACUGUUGACUUGGAUGCCCUCUUUCUUCAGCAGAGGAGUGGGUCUCAACAUCGAAUUGGCCGGCUUUUGUGCUUUCCUCCCCUACCUCUUCGGUGCUAUUGCCAGCCUCGGAGUGGGUAAACUUGCAGAUAAGCUUUUGGAGGAUGGCUGGGAGUUGUCGACUUUAAGGAAAUUCUUUCAAGGAAUCGCCUUCUUCGGACCUGCCAUCUGUAUGAUCCUGAACGCCACCAUUGGACCAUCACUAGGAGUAGUUGCACAGGUGGGCCUGUUGAUUUUAGCGACCACCCUAAAAGCCGGCGAUCGUGCUGGGCUUUUCUGCAAUCAUGCGGAUCUCAGCCCUCGUUACGCAGGAGCCUUGUUGGCUUUGUCCUCAACAGCAGGAGCCAUCGCACCAAUCCCGGUCAUCGAAUACAUCGGUCAUCUCAUUGACCAGACCGGUUCGUUCUCUAUGGGCUUGUUCGUGCCUGUAGCAGUUGCACAGAUCCUGGGCGGACUUUUAUACGUCGGCACAGCCAACAACAGCCGCCAGGAAUUCGAUGGGCGAUGA